AUGGCCGCCCCCGCCAGCGGCCCCGAGCCUAGACACACCCCGCUCGUCUCGGCCAAAGUCAAGGGCCGAGACAGCGACCAAAAGUCGCCAUCGUCGUCUUCCUCGACCUCGCCGUCCUCAUCGGCUGUGAUAGCGUCGCCACCUACGGAGAAUGAAGGCACCAGUCCGCCGCGCCAGAAACGAUGGGCCACCAAGACCCGGACAGGCUGCAUUACCUGCCGCAUUCGCCGCGUCAAAUGCGACGAGGCCAAGCCCAUGUGCAACCGAUGCAUGACUUCGGGGCGCAUGUGUGACGGCUACAAAAGCGCGCCGAAGAAGCCUGCAAAGCAGAGCGUGGCGGAUGCAUCCCACGCCGUCACUGAGCUGCGGGGUGACGGCACUGACGAGAUUCAGAGCAGUUACGUCGCAGGCUCCAGGACACGCCAUUCCAUUCUUUGGGGCCAAGACGAGGGCCAGUUGAUACCACCAGAAUGGGAUCUGAUGGAAGCAUUUCACUACUAUUAUCGGACCAUACUCCCAAGCUUAAUGACAAGUCAGUUAGAUGACAGCACCAGUGCUUUCAUGCCUACAGCAGGGAACCUUGGUUGUAAGACAAGCUUCAUCACAUUCAUAUUUAGCAACCGAAUAGCAGAUGCCGCCAAGAAUCGAGGCACGCUUCGGAGCCCAGAUGAUAUGCCGCACGAUAAUUACCUGUGGACGGCCUUUCAUGCGUCCAUGAUUACCAUGCUCGCCAUCAUUAACGAAAGACUGUCAAGCCCUGACGGGGCUACCAACGAUUCCGUGUUCGUCAGAAUAGUGGACAUGCUUAGUAUCGAUCUUACCCUGCUGGGGAGCACCUGGCAAGCCCACCUUCACGGCUAUGGCGCCCUUUACAGAAUGCGCGGGGGCUACAAAAGACUUUCCAAAGUCCUCAAGAAUUUUGAUUAUCAAUUUCAAUACGUUUUUAUGCUCCAUGUACUGACGAGCACCACCACGCCCGCGGCGCACAUGCUCACCAUAUUUGACGACCUCACCGCGGAAGAAAUACACCACGUCUUCACGUUUUCGCUCUACUCCGACGUCCCGUGCUCCAGUCACGUCUUUGGCGACCUCAUCCGCAUCAACCGCCUGCGCGCCCUAGUCGCCGCCGGCGCCUCCGUCAAGGGCUUCAUCCGCCCCGCCGCGCGCCAAAUCUACCACCACAUCGCCGAGUUCUCCGUCACCGACUGGGAAGAGCCGUACGGUGUGCCCGACAAGCCCGAGGCGCGCCUCCUGUGCCGCCUCUUCCAGCAGGCCGUCCUCCUCUACGGCCUGCUCACGCUACCGUCGCUGGGCCCGGCCGACGAGUCGUCAAACCUUCCCUCGCCCGAGGCGUCUGACGGCGACGAGGGCUGCCCCGACGACAAGGACAACGAUGACGACGACGGCGAUGUUGAUGUCGACGGGGAGCAGCAGCAGAUGGUCCACGCGGAAAUGACACCCCCGCCCAGCAUUGAGUCGCUCAGCGCCGAGAUUCUCGCGCUAGUUCGCGAGAUCCUGCCCCUGAUCCCCAAACGACCCACGAGCCUGGCCUGGCCGCUCGCCGUGGUUGGCGUCACACUCAACGGGGACGGCGACGCGGCGGCGCGCGAGUUUGUCACGCAGACGCUGCAUCAAGUCUCGACGCAUCGCGAUGCGUACUACGGUCCGACGCUGGCUCUGAACAAGCUGCGCAAGUUUUGGGCGUCGGGCAAGACAGGCUGGGAGGACUGCUAUGACGAAGCAUGCUCCGUCAUGGCCUGA